AACAAAAGAACGGACAUGAAACAGUUGAACGUGGAGCGGCGUCCGUGGCAGAUGUGGUCCAGCUUCAGAACCAUUAACAACAGAAUGAUUCGCUGCGUCUUCAGUUUUAUCUUCGCAAUUGUGGCACUCACUGUUUCCGGAGAUCCACCGCCGAUCAAGACCGAUAUCAUAAAAAAUAUAAUAAUUUGCAAGAACGAACACAAUGCAACCAGAGGGGACUACGACGCCAUCAGGAAGUCAAACGUGCCGGAGACGCUCGAGGGGAAGUGUUUCAUGGCGUGUAUAUUCGAAAAAUCUCAUAUUACGCGAGGUGGAAAAUACUCGACGGACUCGUUCGUGAAAGGCGUGGUAGAGCUAUACAAAGAUGAGUCUCAGAAGCGACGGAAGGCAAUCGAGAUGGUCAACGACUGUGGCACGCGCUUGGCAGACGAGUGGACCAGCGGCGCAGACAAGUGCGCGUACUCUGCCAAGGUCAUGGAGUGCCUAGCUUCGUACGCUCCUCGGGUGCCAGUGAUAAAGGAUUUCUUGGAGUACCAGCAGAUAGCAGCAGCGUAAAUGCAAGAGGUUUCCACGUGCAUGAUCAGAAGACUUGUUUUUCAUGGUGACACCUGAACAAACUCACGCGUUUUCUAUAAAAUAUUUUUAUUUGUUGGCAAGUGAAACAUGAUUAAGAUCCGAAUUUUUAAAUUCAUAUUUGACUAUUUGAACUUUCUGCCCUUACAUCACACGCCACGUAUUAAUGCGAAAUUCUGAGCGCGUAAUAAUAAUAAUUCAUUUUUUUAUAAUCGAUAUCUUACAGAUUUUACAAAACCGAGUUUUAUUUUCAUUCAGUACCCGUGGCGUGUCUGUUCUGUCACAAAAGUAUUUCGGGUUUGACCAUCGUGGGAUGGGAAAAUUCUUCCGUUUCAGUAAACACUGCAGAAACCAUCUUCAGUGUAGAUUAAACAUGACAUUUGCCCUGAAGUGGAAACUGAAUCGUUUUCAGAAACGUUUGUAGGAUGUGUACAUCAUACGACAAUGCCUGAAACCCGAAAACAGAUCUUUUUAAGACAUCUUCAUCGUUUUUUAUCCCAGGCGAAUGAGAAAUUCGGAGAGCAAACAUUCGUACCAAGUUAACAUAAAUCCAUUGUGGUCUCGUUUGCGCCGAGACAAGACGGAAAAUCACUAGUGACCUCAAGGUCAUUUAAUAUUUCAGGUGUGUAACACAAGCAAACAAUUCAAAAUAAAUUCUGCACUUUGUGUGAAAUAA